GGCGGCCGUGCAUGCGCAGUGGAACAAUCGCGGGCCGAAGGUCAGGGACCGUCCGAGGUGAAUUUUCUGUCCCCUGAUUGAAUCUUCUCACGCUUUGUAACCGUAAUGAUGCCGUCUUAGAUAACUUCUGCUAGAGGAAUUGACGUCUUGGAACUGAAUUUUCUUGUCUUUUGUAAACAUAACUAAUGUGGUUAAGUAACUUCUACAAUAGAAGUUGCUUAAUAAAAGAACUCGUUUCAAGCAUUGGGUGUAAUGAACCUUGAGCCCCGCGCAGAAUAAACAAUGUCUCUUUUAUAAACCAAACUGGCCUUAAGAGCUCCCAACAUCGGCAACAAGGCCGCACGUGCCGGGGUCACGUCUGGCCUGCGCCUGUGGGACAGGGACGGCCAGAGCUCGCCAGCACCGCGGACUGGGAGGGGGACAAUGGGACAGACCCGGCCCUCGCUGUCAGCCGAACACACCGCAGCUGCACGGGCACGUUCCUGGGAAAAGCCCCUCUGGAUCUACCGCGGGGCAGCGGCACGUCCGGGGCACAUCAAGGCAGCAGCCAGAGCUCGGGCGGAGGCGGCACCGCGGGGCCGCUGCCAAGUGCGCGGGCGAGGCCCCGGCUCCCCGCGGCCGCUGGGCUCGGCGCCGGCAGCGCAGUGGAAAUUUCCAUCGCGGCUGCAGCCCGAGCUGGCGGCGGGGCCGGGAGGGAGGCGGGGCUGCGGCGGGAGCCAUUCCGCGGGCCGCGGCACGAAGGGCUCGGGCUGGGAUAAGCCCCCUCCCCCGGGCCCGGCGCUGACAGCCGCCUUAGUAGGGCACUGGGUCAGCGGCGGGAGCUGCUACUGCCGCCUCAACAAGAACUACAGGCAAGUUUAGUUCCUAGGCAGAUUUCCAUGAGUUCAAUUCUGCCAGA